ACCGCGCUCGCUCCUCUCGCUGAUCUGAAGGCGGGAGCAGGACCGAAGCCCGGCUGCUAGCCCGCCCUUCUGCUGCGAGGCUGGGCCAGAGCUCUGGGCAGCACUACGACUCUCUUCUUCACAGACCCUGUGCCCGCUCGUCUCCUUCAGCGGCUCUUCAGUGACGCCCACGAGGCCCCGUCUGCGCCUUGCUUCUGCGUUUCUGGCUAAUAACAAGUCAAAGCGCAUUCAGCUCCCUGUCUGGGUUCUUCGUCGCUCCCUUAGUCUGUUAACCUUCAGCAUUCCUUUCAGCCCACUAGCACAGCGAGCUAGGUGAUAAAACCCCUGUAAUGCUGCCAGCUGACUUAAGCAGGGAGUCCUUUUUUCCACUUUUUUCCCCCCGGAGAUUUUUGUGCUGGUACCUCAGGGGUGUAGGAGGGUAUCUUUAUGACUGGGAGAUGAGAGCUUGUUGGGCAGAAUUCCAGUGGAACAGCAUGUACCUCUUUUCUGAGGACCUGAGAACAAGACCACACUGUCAUGUGAAGCUUGGCUGUGAAAAUACCUGUCUGCUGCUGUGGGAAAUUGCCAGAAGUUGGAAUGCAAACAGAUCAGGCUGUAGGAGCAAUCUAGAAGCACCUGUUCCCAUGAUGCUGUUACCCUGCCUUCUGAGAAGACUGGUCCUUACAGUUCCUUUAGUUUUUGUGGCUGCACUGCUUCUCAUGGAGCCUGCUAGAUCUGAUCAAGAAGCAGGAACAGCCAUACCAGCUGAAAGCCGUCCCUGUGUUGACUGCCAUGCAUUCGAGUUCAUGCAGAGGGCUCUGCAGGAUUUAAAGAAAACAGCGUAUAAUCUAGACACACGGACAGAAACACUGCUUCUUCAAGUGGAAAAGAGAAAUCUGUGUGACUGUGUAACUGCAAAUCUGCUGAACUGAAUCCAGGAGGCUGGCUGUAUCAUCACCUGUUCCGUGGUUUUUAAAAUGCAGCUGUAUGAAACAGCCUUUAGGAGUUCAUGUUGCAAGAACAUUUGUCCCGCUUACUGAGGAAACUGGGGAGGGGGGUUGUGUCUUAUGUGUCUGUUCUGUUUGAUGGUUUUUAAAUAGUCCUCUCUUUUCACAUCACUGCAUUGCCACUAAGGGCUCAGUUCAGUAAAUCUGCUACUUUCUGUUAGAGUGGGGAAACAUUUUACUUUGAUUUUUAAAUCAGAGUUGGCCAAGUGUAACCCACAGGAUAAAUAGAGCCAACAAUGCUCUUGAGACCCUUGCAGCUGGUUUGGUCUCUAACAUGUUAGAGCAUAUCUCUGUGACAACUUACCCAGUUAUACUGAGACAAGUAGUGGUGGUCUCUGUGGGCUUUGCUGGUAUAUUAAAGGUGAUGGAAGUCCUUUCUGUUUAUUGUUUACACUGUGACCACCUUCAGGCAUCCUGUUGGCUGUGAAGAGGCAUGCAUUACGAGGAGGUAUAUGUGUGUUGUGCUUAGAGCAGAACAGCUUGUAUGUU